GACGACGAAAUUGGCCCCUUUUCAGUGCGUCACACUUCGCGCAUCAUAGCUCUUCUUAUCCAACACACAAUUAUCAUCUCUUUCUUCUUCAUUUAUUUUUUUAUGUAAUUCGAAUACUCCAACACGGUAGAAUCGGAUAUGCUGUCCUUUUAGAUGAAGCUGUUAGAAGAAGUCAUACCUAUUUUGGCCUUUCGCUUUCGUACAGGGUUUCCGAUUUCGAGAAAUGGCGAAACGGGUUUUGCAGAUAAGGGUUCAUUGCAUAUGAUCUCAAGAUUGGGUUUUCAAUGCGUUAUUCAGUGAAUUUUCGCGCGCCAACGUAGGGGUUUUGGGCCUUGAGUGAUCGUACAUUUCAGGCAAUGAAAGGGUGUCUGGCUUUCAGUUUCAUUUUUUAAGGAGGGGGAAAGUUGGAGAUGGCUAUGGUGAGCAGAACCAGAAAUAUGCUUGAGGGUUUGAUGAGAGAAGGAUCAUUCAAAUGGUUGAUUAAAGGUCGGAGUUCGUUUGAAGAAGAGGUUGAGGAGAUUGGAAGGUCUCCGUCGGCUGGAAGGAACUGGAUACCAGAGCUCUCUCCUGUGGCAAAUAUAGUGGUUCGUAGAUGCUCAAAAAUCCUAGGCAUUUCUACUUGUGAACUUCGAGAAAAAUUUGACGCAGAGGCUUCUGAUUCUCUAAAGCAUCCAUCUUCGUUUGCACGGAACUUUUUGGAGUACUGUUGUUUCAGAGCUCUUGAUCUGUCUACACAAGUAAAAGGCUAUUUGGAUGAUAAAAAAUUUCGACGUUUAACAUUUGAUAUGAUGCUUGCUUGGGAGUUUCCAGCUGCUGCCAGCCAACCGUUUGUUAAUAUGGAUGAGGAUGUCAGUGUUGGUGUUGAGGCCUUCUCUCGAAUUGCGCCAGCUGUUCCCAUAAUUGCCAAUGUUAUUAUCAGUGAUAAUCUUUUUGAGGUUCUUGCAGCAUCAACUGGUGGUCGGCUUCAGUUCUCUAUUUAUGAAAAAUACCUUAGUGGAUUGGAAAGGGCAAUAAGAAAACUGCAGACACAAUCGGAGUCAUCUCUCCUUUCGGCUUUACGAUCGGAAAGAGGGGAAAAGGUUUUGGAAGUGGAUGGGACAGUCACCACCCAGCCGGUUCUUCAACAUGUGGGAAUUUCUACAUGGCCUGGUCGAUUGAUUCUGACAGAUCAUGCGCUCUACUUUGAAGCUCUUCGUGUUGUGUCAUAUGAUACGGCCAAAAGAUAUGAUUUAUCUGAUGAUCUAAAACAGGUUAUUAAACCAGAGUUGACAGGACCAUGGGGAACUAGACUUUUUGACAAGGCAGUCUUUUAUAAAUCAAUAUCCUUAUCAGAACCGGUUGUAAUGGAGUUUCCCGAGCUUAAAGGACAUACUCGUCGUGACUAUUGGCUAGCCAUCAUUCGAGAAAUAUUAUACGUCCAUAGAUUUAUCCACAAGUUCCAGAUUUCAGGAGUUGAACAGGAUGAAGUACUUUUAAAGGCUAUACUUGGAAUUCUGCGAGUACAGUCCCUUAAAGAAAUAAGUUCUACAAUACCACUUUGCUGCGAGGUUCUUCUCAUGUUCAAUCUUUGUAAUCAACUUCCAGGUGGAGACCUAAUAUUAGAAACACUUGCGAACAUGUCAACCUCAAGGGACCAAACUAACAAUUCUUCUGCUGGAAACGGAAUGUAUUCUAUAUCGGCUUUGGCUAUGGCUUCUAACUUUGGAUUUGUGUUUGGAACAACUUCAAAUGUUCCUAAUGAAGCUAGCCUUGUUGUGGGGGAGAUCACUGUGGGAGGGAUGACUCCUUUAGAAAGGGCAGUUAAAGAAUCUAGAAGCAACUAUAAAAAAGUGGUGCUUGCACAAGAAACAGUUGAUGGAGUUAAAGUAGAGGGCAUUGACACCAAUUUGGCAGUGAUGAAGGAGUUACUUUCUCCUGCUUCAGAAAUUGGGAAGUGGCUUCUUUCUCUAGCAUACUGGGAAGACCCUCUGAAGUCGUUGGCAUUCUGUUUGGUUUUCACUUAUAUCAUUUGCAGGGGAUGGCUGAGCUAUGCCUUUGCAUUGAUGCUCAUCUUUAUGGCUGUCUUCAUGGUACUUACACGGUGCUUUUGUCAAGGAAGGCCAGUUGAUGGACUCAAGGUAAUAGCACCUCCGCCAAUGAACACCAUGGAGCAGCUUUUGGCUGUUCAGAAUGUAAUUUCUCAAGCUGAAGAGGUCAUCCAGGACGGAAACAUUGUUCUUCUCAAAUUGCGUGCCUUGCUCAUUUCAAUUUUCCCUCAGGCAAGUGAGAAAUCUGCAGUUGCUCUUUUGGUAAUGGCGUUGGUUCUGGCCUUUGUACCAAUCAAAUACACAGUUUUACUGGCCUUUUUGGAGGCAUUUACCAGGUACUCGCCUCCUAGAAGAGCCAGCACGGAAAGAUGGACAAGGAGAUUGAGAGAGUGGUGGUUCAGCAUACCAGCUGCUCCUGUUGUUCUUGAAAGAGCAAAUGAAGACAGAAAGAAGAAGUGAUGUAAUUAUUUGUAAAUGUACAUGCACAUAUAUUUUUUAAUAUCUUUUGAUGCUCUUCAUACCUUGGAGGCUUAGAGACAUUUCUAGGAGUGUAAAUCUGUACGAUGAAAAGGAAACAGAAUAAUGAGAGUUAUUUUUUAGUGUAUAAUUAUGCCUCGAAUUCUCAGGAA